GUAAUUAUGAACCUAACAGGUUUAUUAAUAUUUUUUUGCCAUAUUGCGGUUCUCGCAGCUCUCGAAAAGAAAGGAGUUCACACAUCUCUUAAAGCAAAUUGGGAUUCAACGUCACUUUUAGCCGAAGCAAGUGAGUUCAUCGCGGAAGAAAAUGAGAAAUUGUUUGUAAAAUUCAUCGAUAUUGUAAACAAAGAUGUCGGUACAUUGAAUUGGGAAAAAUUAACGGAUGAGCAAAAAUACGAGUACACAAUCAAGACGGCAGGCAAAGUACUGUCAACAUCAUCUGUGGACCUUCUCAAGUUUGCUUUGGCUCUUCGCCAGUAUUCUCCACGUGUUCAAUCCUUCCAGCAGAUUGCUGUUGAAUAUGGAGAGAAAUGUGAUGUCUUUGUCGUGGUCGGCGAACAAGUUUCAUGUGAAUACACUAAGCUGGAAAAAAUGAUCAAGGACGCAAAAACGAACAGCCAAGUGCUUGAGUCGGAUCAUAUUUUUGGUGAGAAGGAUUUGAAGCAGGCAGCGAUUUUGUACGGAGAGCUGGGUACAACUUCUUUCGCCAAAGCUUGGGAAAAGUUGAGCAAACUGCAAAAGACCAAGCUCAUUUUCCGUCAUUUUUCAAAGAAAACUGAUUCUCACCCAGUGUCACUUUCCGGAUACGGUGUAGAACUUGCUAUCAAGAACACGGAGUACAAGGCUGUCGACGAGAGCAGUGAAAAGAAAAAUGUAGAAGAAGACGAAGCUGAUCUUUUUGGAUUCAACAUUAAACUUCUCAAAGAACUUCACCCAGAUUCCGUAGAUGCCAUUGAAUCAUUCCGUGUGAACCUAAAGGAAUCCGACGAAUUGACUCCAUUGAAAAGAUGGGAACUUCAAGAUCUCAGUUACCAAGCAGCGCAGAAAAUUGUCAAUGCAGGGCCAGCUGAUGCUAUUGGAACUCUGGAGGAAUACUCCCAAAACUUCCCAACUCAUGCUCGUGCUCUUGCAAAGACGUCAGUCUCAGAUCUUUUAAGGAAAGAGGUUCUCCAAAAUCGCAAGAUGCUAGAGAAGGCAAGCAUUGAAGUUGGAGAAACAUCGUUGUACAUCAAUGGAAUCAAUCAAGAUAUUAACAGCCUUGAUUUGUUCAAGUUAGCUGAUCUCCUCAAGCAAGAGAAUAAACUCGCCGAUGGUUUCCAUAGUAUGGGAAUUAACCGCGAGUAUUUGUCAAUUCUUGUUGGAAUGGACACUUCUGAUGAUGAGAAGACAACUUAUGCAGUCGAUCACAGAGAGGGAUAUCCAUUCUUUAUCAAUAAUCUGGACACUGACAAAAAGUACAAACAAUGGGGAAACAGUGUCAAGCUUAUGCUCCAACCAUACUACCCGGGAAUGAUCCGACCAAUUGCACGUAAUUUGUUCAGUUUGGUAUUCGUAGUGGAUCCAAGUACUUCCGAAGGCCGGAAAUUCCUUAGAAUUGGGCAGACAUUUAACAGUCACGAUAUUGCUAUGAGAAUCGGAUACAUCUUUGCUGUUAACCAGGAUACUAAAGCCAGUGGAGAAACAGAUCUUGGAGUUGCCCUUCUCAAUCUCUUCAACUUUGUUUCCAUCGACUCUUCAAAUGCCGAUGCACUGAAAGUUCUCAACAACUUCCUUGAUGACUAUCGCUCUAAAGACCCAACUAUUGAGGAUAUCAAAGAAUUCUUCGAGGCUAAAUUCAGUGAUGCCAGCUUCUCCGAUGUGUUUGGAGUCAACUCUGAUUAUGAUAAAGGACGCAAGCAUGGAUUUGAAUUUGUGCAAAAGACUGGUCUUAACUCGGCACCGAAGGUUCUCCUCAACGGUUUCAUUUUGGACGAUGAAGGGGUUCGCGGCGACAAUAUUGAAGAGACUAUUAUGAUGGAAGUUAUGAAGAUCUCUCCAAAAAUCCAAAGAGCCAUUAUGGAAGGAAAACUGACCGACCGUAUGAAUGUUGGAAACUGGGUUCUCGAACAAAAGGAUGUCAUGCCAAGAAUUAACAAGCGAAUUUUAUCCGCUCCAAGCAAGAAGACCUAUGUUGAAAUUCUUGGAUCAAUGGAUUGCAAAUCAUUGAAGGAUGUGGAAAACCUUUCGGAUUCGGACAAAGCUGGAUGUCUUCUCCAAACUACAAAGUACUUACAAAAAGCAUCAGCCGAUUCUAUUUUGCCAGUCACAUUAUGGGUGGUCGCUGACGCCGAGGCUGCAUCGGGACGUCGUUUCAUUUACAAUUCACUUCAAAUAUUGAAAAACUCUGCCAACUCUAGAGUUGGAAUCAUCUUCAAUCCAGAAAGUGUUGAAAAGGCAUGCGAGUCAAACAGCAUCUCUUCGUACAUUAGAGCUGCUCUUGAUUUUCUUCCGAUGGACCAAGCUAAGCGAUUGAUUCUCAAGUUGAGCAAUGAGGAGUAUGCAGCUGACUUCAUUUCUGGAAAAAUCACAUUUGACGAUCUUAGUGUUGGUGGUAUGGAUACUGCUAAAUUCCUUGCCGAUAAGAAGAAACUUGACUGUGAAAGAACUCGAUUGGAGUCUCAGAUUGUGAAAAAAGUACUCGAUAUCUCAUCUGGUGGCCGUGUUGUUGUUGGAAAUGCUCUCCAAGUUGGACCUCUUGAAAGCUCAGAACAUUUCGAAGCUGCUGAUUUCAAACUUUUGGAAAGUAUGUUGUUGAGCAGAGGUGCUGAAGUUAUUUCUUCUCAUCUCAAGAAGUGGGAGUUUGACGUUUCCAACGGAGUUGGAUCAAACACGGUUUUCUCGAUUGCUGGACACGUUGGAAAGCACGCUUCUUCACAGAAACGCACAUGGGUUAGCAUCCAAGGAGAUGAGCACAGUGUUGUCACACUUCCAGCUGAUGAAAUGGAUCGACCAGCUGUUGACGUUCUUGCCGUUGUUGAUCCACUCACUAUGGAAGCACAAAAACUCGGAUCGAUUCUCCAUUUGAUUAAAAAGGUUACAAACUGCGAAAUCAAAAUUGUGAUGAAUCCAAAAGAUAAGCACUCUGAACUUCCGUUGAAGAGAUUCUACAGAUACGCUGCUGCUUCUGAAUUGAGUUUCGAUCACAAUGGAAACUUGAACACAAAUGUUGUCAGGUUCGAUAAUCUUCCCAGUAAGCAACUUCUGACACUUUCGCUGCAAGCUCCCGACUCAUGGAUAGUGGAAGCCGUUUCUGCCAAGUAUGAUUUGGAUAACAUCAAGAUGGAACAAGCCAACGGAGAUGUCACUGCCGAGUUUGCACUCCAACACUUACUUCUCGAUGGACAGUGUUUCGACGAAGUUAGUGGUCAACCACCACGCGGUCUGCAGUUCACUUUGGGAACGGACAAGAACCCUAAACAAUUUGAUACAAUCGUUAUGGCUAAUUUAGGAUAUUUCCAACUUAAAGCAAAUCCUGGUGCUUGGAAACUAGAGAUCCGUGAUGGAAAAUCUAGUGAGAUUUACAAGAUUGGAUCGCAUGUUGGAGCGGAGAAGAUUGGGGAGGAUGUGCUUCAAGUUGUUAUUGACUCAUUCACUGGUAAAUCAGUAAGAGUUCGUGUUGAAAAACGUGAAGGCAUGGAGGAGAGAAAUCUUCUUUCCGACGAUGAAGAAGGUGUUUGGAGCAGUCUUAGCAACUUGGUGAGCAGCAAAGAAAAAACCCAGGAAGUGAUCAAUGUAUUUUCUCUCGCAUCCGGUCACUUGUACGAACGGUUCAUGAGAAUCAUGAUUGUCUCGGUCAUGAAGAACACGAAGCAUCCAGUUAAAUUCUGGCUUCUCAAGAACUACCUGUCGCCACAAUUCAAAGAGACACUUCCAACUCUUGCCAAGCACUAUGGUUUCGAGUAUGAACUGAUCGAGUACAAGUGGCCAAGGUGGCUUCACCAGCAGAAGGAGAAACAACGUAUUAUGUGGGGAUUCAAGAUUCUUUUCCUUGAUGUACUCUUCCCACUUGAUGUUCAAAAGGUGAUCUUUGUGGACGCUGACCAGGUGGUGCGUGCUGAUUUGAUGGAGCUGAUGAAGUUUGAUCUUGGAAAUGCGCCAUACGGAUAUGUGCCAUUCUGUGAAAGUAGAAAGGAGAUGGACGGAUUCCGAUUCUGGAAGCAAGGAUAUUGGGCGAACCAUCUCGCUGGGAGAAGAUAUCACAUUAGUGCUCUCUACGUUAUUGAUCUUCAAAAGUUCCGUCAAAUCGCUGCCGGAGAUCGUCUUCGUGGACAAUAUCAAGGACUAUCUGGCGAUCCAAACAGUCUGGCUAACUUGGAUCAAGACUUGCCAAAUAACAUGAUCCAUCAGGUUAAGAUCAAAUCGCUUCCACAAGAGUGGCUUUGGUGUGAGACUUGGUGCGAUGAUGGAAGCAAGAAGAAUGCAAAGACUAUUGACUUGUGCAACAACCCGCUCACAAAAGAGCCAAAGCUCGACUCAGCCGCCAGAAUUAUUGGAGAAUGGAAAACGUAUGAUGACGAAAUCCGGGAAGUCAUUUCUGGACAUUCUUCUGAUAACCCUUCGGAUAAUGUCAUUUCUGAAAAUGAUGACUCUCACACGGAACUUUAAAUUAAUCUUUUCAUAUGCCAAGUUUACCCGUUAUUUAUUGAAAAUGUUUCCAAUCACCAUUAUGAUAUUCAAAACUCUGGGUAUAUUUUUUUCCAAAUCAGUCGAUUCGCUUUUUCUGCUAUUUAUUUUUUAGCUUUUGACUAUGAGAGCUUUCAAAAUUUCAUUUUCAAAUAUUGUCAAACUUGUGAUGAAUCUUUGAAACAUUUUUUUGCCUCUCUCUAUCCAAUAAAUAUUU